AUGGAGCAGCAUCGACAUAGGCUGCUGUCACUAUUGCUUUUGCUGGUUUGGCCACCAGUUUUCUUGGCCCCUCGGGCUCAACCUGAGGAGAUCCCAAAGGUGGAUUUGAGCAAGUUGAGCUUGGAGGAUUUGCUGCCCUCCUUGCCGUUCGAGUCGCGGAGGGCGCUCGCAGAACGUGAGAUCUUACAGCCAAGCACGGAGGACCUAGUUUCUGCCUGGAAGGUUGAUGCUGGUGCAGAUGAUUUGUGCCGCCUCAAUGCGUUCUCUGCUGCUGGAGCUGAGACGGUCUUGCACCUCCCUCCUUCACACACACUUGACACCAACCUUUCCAAGGACGACUUCCUUCUUUGUGUGGGUGGUCGCCUUGGCGUCGAUGUGUGCGCUGGAGGUGGAGCUUGUCGUUUCUGUGGUCAUGUUGUUGAUGCAAAGGGGCGUCACGCCCAGUCAUGCAUGGCUGGUGGGGAUGCGGUUGCCCUUCACAAUGGCCUCCGUGACCUGCUUUUGGAUUAUUGUACUCGAGCCCAACUCCGCCCUCAGGCGGAGGCCCCUGGUAUCUUGGAUGGACACCGGCGCCCGGCUGACAUUUUGAUUCGUCGUGGCGCUGGUCUUCUGCCUCGUUUACCAGAUGGAUCUCGUCCUCUACUUGAGCCUCUGGCCUUGGAUGUGGCUGUCAUCAACGCUUUGGGUGAGAGCCAUUGGGAUGAAACCCUUCGUGGCUCACAUGAGGCAGUGUCGACCUAUGCUCAGCACAAGCGGCUACAUCUCCAGACUGAAUCCACCUGUCGCCAGGCGGGGGUCACCUACUACCCCUUGGUAUGGGAUAUUCAUGGAGGGAGUACGCCUGAAACCCGGGCGUGGCUCCAUCCCUGCGCCGGUCGUGCCUUGCGCCGCCGACGCGCCGCGGCUGCUGGCAGCUCGCUCACUGCGGGUCUUGCGGCCGGAUUUCUUCUGGAGCCUUAGUUGUUGACGAGCAAUUUGCUUGAAGAUGGUGGCUGGUGGCUGCAACUUCUCUGCUUGUGUCUGAGCCGGCCUUUCCUUGCCUGCGCAUGGCUGGCUACACAUGCGAAGCAGCUGAACCUUUGGCGCUCCACUGACAUUUGCCUUCUUCAGUCUGCAGAUGACGUUGUCCAAUUACUAUUGAUGUUGUAGGUUUAUACCUUUGACCCUCGAGUUCACUCCCCAGGGC